UCAAACAAAAUUCUUAAUUUUUAACCUCAAGUUAAAUUCGUUAAGACAGACAUUGUUUAUUUAUUGUCUAAGACAAAAAUCGUGUUCGACUUAAAAUCUUUUUUGAGGUUGAAUUUAUUAUCACCAUCAUUUUCUAUUAAAUUACGAAAUCGGAGAUUAGGUGUAAUAAAGCUACAAUCAAAAUGAAAACAAUAAAACGUGUACAUGAUUUCAAAGCUCUUGAGAUUAAAUUGGCAGAAGACAGUGUCUCGGCACACAUAGUAUAUUUCAAAGAGCAUUCAGUAAGAGAACAUAGCCCUGACAAACCUUCAGGAAGGACACUAUUUGUGGUAAAUGUGCCGCCUUAUGCUGACGAAACGGGUAUCAUCAGUGCAUUUGCCAAGGCUGGAAAGGUACAAUCUGUAUUAUUUUCCCUUAAACCAAGUACUGUUGAUACAAUUAACCUCAAGCCAUUCAUUGAAAAUAUAAGCAAACCAAACUUCAGAGUAGCAUAUAUCGUAUUUAGCAAAGUAUCCGAAUUAGAUAAAGCUCUUAAACUUACUGAACUACAACCGAUGAACUCCAAAGACCAUGUAGUUAAACUUGGUAUGAAGAGGUGGAUAGAGGAACACAACAAUUCAAUUUUAAAUGCUAAGGCCCUCAAAGAGAAGGUGGAAGAGUUCAUCAAAACUCACGAUAAGGAAGUAGCAGCUGCGGAGAAGAAAGACAAGGAGCUGGAGCAGGAGGAUGGCGAUGGUUGGGUCACUGUCACCAAAAGAGGAAAAGUGCAGAGUUUUGCUCGUACAGAGAAAGUAGAAAACAAAAUAAUGGCCAAAGAAGAACAGAAAAAGAAACGUAAAGAAUUGAAAAACUUCUACACAUUUCAAAUUAGGGAAUCCAAAAUGAAACACAUUGUUGCUCUCCGGCAAAAGUUCGAGGAAGACAAAAAGAAGAUAGCACAGAUCAAACAAAGUCGUAGAUUUAAACCAUUUUAAAUAAAAUCAUUGAAACAUU